AUGAACGAUUUGCCUCUCUCCCUGCUGAGCCGGGGAUGUGGUCGAUUUGUUGCGUCCAACACAAACACAGGUAGAAACCAUGGACGACUGGAAGUGUGUUUCACGCCGCAGGAUUACUUUGUGUGGAAGUCCCAGGACUCUCUCCUGCGGUUGUCUAAGAGUGGACAUCUUCUUGUGAAGGCAGAGUCAACGCUACCAAAGACAUACAGCACUCGUAGGGGGCCUCUUCUGCUCUACUCUCAGGAUUUUGUCACAGUGGAAACCAGUCUUCAACCAGAAUCCAGGGACAGGAAGCAGCAGGAAAUUUGGCCAUACACUGAAGAAGUAGAACAGCUGAGUACCUUAAAGGAGCUAACAGCAGCCAUUUUGAACUACAAUGAAAACCAGUUCAACUUCUCCAGACUAGGUCCACUCCUAUUUCCCCCUCUACAUGUUCCGAUUUCACCAGACCUUCGUCCUCCUGUUCCUUCUCCGAUUUGCACCACAUCACAGCAGCCCUACGUAGAUUUGCUGUCAUGCUCAAAUUCCCAAUGGGGUUACAACAAUGUCCCUGCAGAGAGAAACACUGCUCAUUUGGAGAGUCAUCCUGAAGAUAAAGAGGAGCAAGACAGGAAAAAGAACAUCAGGCUGGAUGUCUUCCUCCAGAUUCCCUGCACUGACAGAACUCCAACCCCUCAAAUGGAGCCCCAGCCCUGGAUCCAUUAUGUAGCAAUUACCCCACAUGAGCCAGAAGAACUCCAGCAAAAGGAGUUGGACAAGAGCCUGCAGAGUACGGAAAGUUUGCAACACAGUGAACCAGACCUCAGCAGUAUUGGAGACGAGAUUCAUCAUCUGAAUCGUGAACAUGAUGUAACAGAGGGUGAAGGCCACUUCAUACAAGACUGCCAAACGGUUGGUGUCAGAGGUGACAAUGAAGGAGUGAUAAACCGCAAUAAACACAGGAGGACAGGCCUCCUUCCUCCUCUAACACAGGGACAAUUAGUCUCUCCUGUAUCCUGGGAGAAAGAAGACAAGCUGAGACGUAUGAGCCCCAGCAGUGAUGACCACCGUACACAGCUCCUUCCUCCAAUAGCAGAGAGUUGUGCUGGAACCCCGAGCUGGCCACCAAAGGUCAAGACCCCACUGGAUGUUCAACCAAAGGGAGAAAAAGUUUGGUGUCAGGCCCAAGAAAAUCAGAAUAAACUUCAUCAGCAGCCUCUGAGUCUUCCUCAGCUGUUUCCAGAAGAAUUAAGUGGCAAGAAAAAGGCUGGGGGAGGUAAAAGAUCACAGAGACAUAACUUGAAAAAAGAGAGAGCAUGGCAGGCGAAAGGAGAAGGAGGAGAGAGACUAGUACCAAUGGUAUUACUGGAGCCUGGAGAAGAUCCUCCUCCUGCUGGAGUGUUGGGUUAUGUUGCAGGAAGGAGAGGUCCAGGUAAGCAGAGCUCUUUGGCCUUCCUGCAGAACCAACUUAGUGACCUCCAGGAUCCUCAUGAAACUUGCGAUGAUGACAGAGGUGUGGUGAGAGGCGUUCUGCCCCUGGAGCUGAGAGACUUGCAGAAUGGCAAACCUGUUGGCUGCCUGAUUGUUGGUCCUGAUGGAGAGAUCCUUCAACUCUCUCUGUAUGAAAACAGCCAGGACACAAACAGCGGGGAUGGCGACACACAGGAGAAAGCUCUGCAAGUUUUGUCUCCAGAAGGAGAGAGGUUACCCUGGGUCGUUAUGCUGCAGCCUGAAUAUAAACAUGCAGGAGGAGAAGAGGAGAACAAAAAUGUUCUUGUUCAUGAUGUCCAGCUACAUCAAUCCAUAAAAAAGCUCUUAGAUCUUCACAGAUCAGCUGAUGCAUUUUCACCCAGGAGCCUCACAGACCCAGGUGAACCUCUUAAGAACUUUCUGUUUAAAGAUGAUGCAUCUUGUAGCCAACAGAACAUCUAUGUAAAUGAAACAACAUCAGAUGACACGGUGGACACGCGAAGGAAAAAUACUGAGGGAAAGGAUGCAAAGGUGGCAGCAAAAAUACCAAGAGAUGUGAAAACAGGGAAACCUGCAGAAUCAGAUGGACAUAAGACAUCCAGGAGGAGGAAGGAGGGAAGAUCACUAAAAGAAAAGACAGGAAGAGAUGUUCAACCAGUGAGGAGUCAGAAACAAGAAGAGCGGGUGCACAAAGAUGCAGCAGAGACUCAGGACCAAUCUGUUCUCCAUCCUGAUUUGAGUAGAAAGGUAAAAAACAAGAUGGCAGACAUGAGAGGAGAGAGAGGAAGCUUAACAAAGAGCAAGGAAAGAGAAGAGCGAGGUGAUGCUGGAAGGAGGAGGCGAGAGUCUGCAGACAAAAAGAGGAGAGGAGAGUUGAAACACAAGGAGUUGGUUUAUGGAAGCCCAGAAGAAAAAGAGGAAGAGCUGAACCAAGGCAAGAAAGAAAAGUCUCACCCAGCAUCCACGAAAAGUCCCUCUGCAACACAGAAACAUGACAACAAACCAAAUUCAAAGGUAGAUCCUGAAGAUACAGACAUGUUUGGUGACAAACUGAGCAGCAUCCAAUCAGUGAGCUCGCUCAGAUCUGCUGCAGCAGUAUCCCAGUCAAAUCUGACAAGCUCCAGGAGAUCUUUGGCCUCCACCUGUGAGGAGGCGGGUCCAGCCAGUGCCAUGGGUCUCACUUCAUCACAUGGUCGUCUGUCGUCAUGCUCAACUGUCAUGGUAACAGAGGAACAGCUGAUGCUGAACCCAGUAAAGCCUGAGGUGUCCAAGCCCAGAAAAAGUCAAAGAGAGGAGGAAGAGGAGGCUGCGGCACUGCGUCUGGCCCAGCGAGCAGAGAGACGCAGGCAGGAGGUGGAGAGGAAGAGGAAGGAGCGAGAGGAGGAGGAGAGGAGGCAGCAGGAGAGGGAGCAGACAGAGGAUAGGAUGAAGAACGAGCUGGAGGAGGAGAGGAGGAGGAGAGCUGAGGAGAUCAGGUUGAAGAAGAUGGCAGAGGAGGAGAAGAAGAGGAAGCAGGAGGAAGAGGAGCUUGAGCGAGCAAGGAGAGAGCAGGAACAGAGAGAAAGAGAGAAGAGGAGGCAGGAGGAAAGGAGGUGGCAGAUGGAGAGACUCCAGAAGAUGAGAGAGGAGAUGGAACAGAAGAGGAGAGUUGAACUUGAGCGUCUACGACUAGAGGAGGAGAGGAGACAGGAGGAGGAGAACAAGAAGCUACAGGAGAUGGAUGAAAACGAAAGGGAGGAAUACCUCCAUAGGAAAAAGGAGGAGGAAGAGGUGAGGAGGAAGAAUGAAGAUGAAAGGAGGAGAAGAGAAGAAGAGGAGGCUUUACAGGCUGCAGAGGAGGCCAGGCUGCAGGCUGAGCUGCUUGCCAGGCAGAUGGCACUGUUGCAGCAGCAGCUGGCCUUAAAGCGCCGCCUAUUGUUGGAUGCGGUAGGUCUGGAGAAAACUCAAGCCAUCUCCAGACCAUGGGUUUUCUCUUAUUUCACUUUGCUGCAAAUAAUGGGUCUUAAUCCAACUUAA